CCACAUCCGUUUCCGCUAAAAUUCAUGAGAAUAAAAAUUUGCUUUAUGGUUUUAAUUUAAGGUUAGACAUAAAUUUAGCAGUGUGGUUAGGGUUAUGGUUAUGUUUAAAAUCACGUUUUAAGAAAAUACAUUGUAGAAAUAGGCGGGGUUUAUGACUUUGCGGCUGUCGUAACUAGUGACAACUGGCGAAGGUCUGAAGAGCCAUGGAAAUCUCUUUCGCAGGCAAGCGGGCCAUAGUCACGGGGGCAGGAAAAGGCAUCGGCCGGGCCACGGCGCUUGCUCUGGCGCGCUGCGGGGCAGAGGUCGUGGCAGUCACACGUACGCGGGCUGACCUGGACAGCCUUCUGCUGGAGUGUCCGUCCAUCAGGCCGGUGUGUGUGAACCUCGGGGACUGGGGGGCCACAGAGGAGGCGCUACGGGAGGCCGGCGGUAAUGUGGAUCUGCUGGUGAAUAACGCAGCCUAUGCUACGCUGCAGCCCUUCCUAGAGGUCACCCCCGACCAGUUUGACAUAUCCUUUAACAUCAACGUGAAGGCUGUCCUCCAUGUCUCUCAGAUCGUGGCUCGGGGUAUGAAGGCCAGAGGAACAGGAGGCUCCAUAGUGAACAUCUCCAGCCAGGCGUCUCAGUGUGCCCUCCAAGACCACACCGUCUACUGUGCCACUAAAGGUGCUCUGGACAUGCUGACUAAGGUUAUGGCCCUGGAGCUUGGACCCUAUCAGAUCCGUGUGAACAGUGUGAACCCCACAGUCGUGAUGACUAAGAUGGGGAGACUGGCAUGGAGCGACCCUGGCAAGGCCAAGACCAUGACCUCACGCAUCCCUCUGGGACGAUUCGCAGAGGUGGAGGAUGUUGUGAACUCUAUCCUGUUCCUGCUCAGCGAUAAGAGUUCUAUGACCAACGGUGUCACCCUGCCUGUGGACGGGGGCUUCCUGGCCUGCUAACCUCUCACCUUCUCAUUCUGCCUCCUGAUUGGCUGGCGUAGUCAUUUUCCAUGGUGUCCACUAGUACCCAUUUAAUUCCUCUUUAAGCACUGAUUAUAUUCAGACUUGAUUUUGUUUUAUGUUACUGAUUACAUGUAUCACCCAGAACAAUAAAAUGAGUCUUUAUGAGCUGC